UGCCUCUCUUAUCACAGGGCAUUCAAGUGACAGUCACACACCUACCUCUCCCUCUGUGCUCAAAGGAAAGGAAUUCACUUUUUCAUCAGGGACUUCAGCCCCAAACCUUGCACCUACACACCCAAACAAAGGAGAAAUGCAUGAGCACACAGUGACCCAUGCAGGUCACAAAUGUCAUGCUUCUGCAGGAAAGGAGGAGAAAAGAAGACAAAAGUACAGCAGGAGCCCAGCUGAAAUGAGAAAACAAGAAGUGACCUACUCAGAUCCCAGAGCCCACACUCGUAUGCUGCAGGGGAGGCAAAUGCCGGCAAGCACAGAGAAUAGAGUAUCUUAUUCUCCAUCAUCACCGUGGCGGCUCAUUGCAGUGACUCUUGGGAUCCUCUGCCUGGCUUUACUAGCAGCUGUGGGGACCUUAGGAGCCAUCGUUCUUCAGGCUUCCCAUGAAGUGAGAAAUAUUAAUGAAAACCUUACCAAGCAUGAGGAAGUCCCUAAAAGCCUCACUCAACUGCAGCAAACCCUGGAAAAUUGCAUAAAGCAAAGGGAUGCUUUCCAAUCCCAGGCUCCCAAAAUCUCCAGUGACGCGGAAAGGAAAGGUGAAAAAUGCAGCCGUUGCUCAAAGAGCUGGCUAUUGCAUGAAGACAAGUGCUAUCUUUUUAGUAAUGAAAAGAAGACAUGGAAUGAUAGUAAAAAAUACUGCUUCACUCAGGACUCCACUCUGAUUAGCAUAAACAAUGAGAGAGAGAAGGAUUUCAUAACACCGCUUCUGCGUGACCACUGGAUUGGACUGUCCCGCAGGGAUGCCACUAACCAGCCACACUGGGAGGAUGGCACAGCUUAUGCCACUGACCCGUUUUCAAAGACCAUGUCUGUGCGUGGAGAAGGGUCCUGUGCAUUUGUCAAUAAUGGAGUCAUCGGCAUAUCUACACGCACAAAGUUGGCUCAUUUUAUUUGUGAGAAAAUGGCUAUACAAUGAACCUUUUGCACUGGCAGCAGAAGGAUCAGAACAUCAAGAAGAAAAGCAUUCAACUUUUUCAAAGACAAAGAGACAUUGCUGCCCUAAGUUGUUCUUGUGCUACCCAUGAGACAGAGGAGCUGUAACAUCAAAGGAGGAACCACGGCCUUGGGAAAUGUUCCCAGCCAGUCAGAGCCCUCCCACCAACCUGGAUAGACUAUCAUUCCCAGUCUAGUUCAACAGAUUUGUUUUACGUUUUUUUAAACUAGA